CCGGAAACCUCCGAAUUAUCUCAAGAUAAUGUGAUAGUCCGGAAAUACUGACGAAGAAUUUCGCAUUGAUUGAGUGAGAAUCUGUGAGAUGCCACUGAGAUUUUUAUCGCGCUUCCAAAAUAGAAAGCCGUAGCCCCGCCACGGCCGAGGCAAAGAUUGUCGUCAUCAACUGUACUUCGAUCUCGCGAUAGUACUCUACUCUAACAAAGCUUCAGUCGGGAGCGUGGUACAGUCCAGAAUUUCGAAGAAGGUCCGACUCAUGAAAGGAGCAGCGUGGGAGGCGGAUAGAUGUGAAGGAUCAUAAUGUUGAGUUGAAAAGGGCUCCCGGAGUUAUCAACGGCAGGCUAGGCAUGCCAGACAUGGAGAGCAUGACGACUCUUGCAAGUGCGAGCGACGCCAGCUUCCUUGGACUUCCGAGAGAAUUGCGAUUGCAAAUCUACCAGCACGUCUUCGAUUUGGACUUGAAUUGUAUCAUACUGGACUGCUGGAGGGACACGCACACGCAGAAUCAUGGUUUCAAAAGUGUUCCUGACCUCAACCUCGAGUCGAAAUUGGUCAUACCAUGGCUUACUCUGAUGCUAACCUGCAAGACAUUCGCAGUAGAGCUCCGAGCAGCAAUGCUCGAAAGUCGGUUCGCUGAUAUAAAGAGAAAUGUGACGUGGGCAUUGGAUCUGGAGGCCACUCGGGGUGGCAUGACCCUGGGCACCACAUCCUGGCAGCGCAUACCGUGUCCUCCAGAAAAAGUGCAAAUUCUCGAAGCCUCCUAUAACGCAUCAAGAGGGUUCCAGGCCUGGGGCGUUGGUGGUCCGCAUGGCAUCACAUCCGGACUAUAUCAGACGCUUAACCACAUCUUCCACUGCGGCCCAAGAUUCGACUCACAACAUCCGUUGCCAAAGCCGAUACAUAUCAUGGAACUUCGCGUAAAGGUGGAAAGUCGAGAUAAAGCUGACCGGGUGUAUGACGACGACCACUACAUGACGCUCUCGGAUCGAGAUACGGAUCCACACACGACACUCAUCGCGCUUGGAAGUAUCGUAGGGCAGAUUGUCACGACUGGGGUUCUUCGUGGGUUCGUAGAUGAGAUCAGAGUAUUCACAUCUGACAAAGAGCUGUCAUGGACGCCAAAGGAUGUCGCAGGUGAAGGGAUACCUGAGUAUUGGAGUCGCUAUGGGUUCGAUUGGGGCUUAUCUCUGUACCAAAAUUCGCAGUAGGCGCUUUGGCUAGUGUGUAGUAGCCGGGUAUCAUCGUCUUGGAAAAGAGUUCUCAGCGCC